UCUGCCUUUCAUUUUUACUGAAAGCUAAAACGAGUCAGUGUUGAGAAAAACAGAGGAGGACACUUUAUAUUAUAGCAUUUUUGUUUAUUUCUGAAUGAACCCAGAUGAGAUUUUGAUUGUAAUGUUUUUUUACUCUUUAAACCAAAGUUCAGAAAGUGAAAGUAAAUUGUGGAUCAUUGGAUCUUUUACAAGACGAGGAAAUGGAUUCAAAAUCUGUGGAAGAGCUUUCUUGUCCUGUUUGCUUUGAAAUCUUCAAGGUUCCUGUUUUUCUGUCCUGUAGUCACAGUAUUUGUAAAGAGUGUCUACAACAGUUCUGGAGAACUAAGAAAACUCAGGAGUGUCCUGUCUGCAGGAGAAGAUCCUCAAAUGCUCAUCCUCCAGUGAAUCUCGUGCUAAAAAACUUGUGUGAUUCAUUGAUAAAAGAGGAAAAUGAGAAACGUUCAUCAGGAUCUGAGGAGAUCUGCAGUUUACACAGUGAGAAACUCAAACUCUUCUGUCUGGAGGACAAACAGCCUGUGUGUUUCGUGUGCAUAAACUCAGAGAAACACACCAAUCACACAUUCAGACCCAUCAGUGAAGUGCUUUCAUCUUACAAGGAGGAAUUUAAUACAGCACUGACGUCCUUACAAAACAAGCUCAAACAUGGAGAAGAAAUGAAGAAAAAGUGUGAUGAAACAAUUAAACACAUUGAGUCUCAAGCUGAGCACACAGAGCGUCAGAUUAAAGAAGAGUUUGAGAAGCUUCAUCAGUUUCUCAGAGACGAAGAAGAAGCUACAAUCACUGCACUGAGGGAGGAAGAGGAGCAGAAGAAGAAGAGGAUGAAGGAGAAGCUGGAGGAGAUAAACACACACAUCUCAGCUCUUUCACACACACUCAGAGACAUGGAGGAGAUGAUGAAAGACAAUGACGUCUCGUUUCUAAAGAACUAUAAAGUCUCGAUGGAAAGAGUCCAGAUCUCACAGCCGGAUCCACGGAUGAGUUCUGGAGCUUUGAUUCAUGUGUGGCGUUAUCUGGGUAACCUGCCGUUCAGAGUCUGGAAGAAGAUGCUGGAAACUGUCCAACACACUCCGGUGACUCUGGAUCCAAACACAGCAGCUUCUUGUCUCACACUCUCUGCUGAUCUGACCAGUGUGUCGUACAGUCGUGUAGGUAAAACACUUCCUGAUAAUCCAGAGAGGAUUGACAGGUAUGCAUGUGUCCUGGGAUCUGAGGGCUUUAACUCAGGAACACACUGCUGGGAUGUGGAGGUUGGAGACAAUACAUACUGGACUCUUGGAAUAACCACAGCAUCAAACCAAAGGAAGGGACAGGUUUUCUUUAACUCUAAUGUCUGGUGUGUGCGGUACAAGAACAGCAAAUACGGCUCACAAUCCCCAGAGCAACCAGACACUGUCUUUACUGUUAAACAGAAGCUCCAGCGUGUGAGAGUUCAGCUGGACUAUGACAGAGGAACAGUGUCAUUCUCUGAUCCUGAAACUAACACACAUUUACUCACAUUCACACACACCUUCAAUGACACAGUCUUUCCAUUCUUAUAUAAUCGCUGCACAACUUCCCCUCUGAGGAUCUUACCAGUUAAACUGUUUAUUACAGCAGAAAAUCACAGUUAAAUAUGAUUCUGCUUCUAGAUUAAUACAGUUUGGCAAAUUAUGCUUCAAUAACAACACU